AUGUUUUACCAUGAAUGGAAAUUCUCUAUAAAUCCAAAGAAAUUUGAGGACAUAAAUCUCGCCCAAUUCAAAAAUACGAGAAUAAAGACUUUACUCAGUUAUUUAUUUAGAGUCUGGUUUUUUUUGAUUUUAAAGUUAGCCUUUUUAGUAUCUGACUGUUACACAUGCAUAAAAUUAUUAGCGUAUAACUCAUGGUCUAAUAACGUGAUUAAACCAUAUCUUCCUUUUAAUAUUUCAAAAUGGCUCUUUAGUGGUUGUAUAUUCGUUUCUUUUGCGCUGAUAUUAUGGGAAAUUAUUUUAGGCAUACGUGUAUUACGAACUCGAAAUAUCGCCCUUUGUUAUGUGAACAAAUUUGCAAGACUAUUUCAAUCUAUUACAGACUACUCAAAAUUUUGCAUUAUGGAUAUGAUAACGCCGUCUAAUUCUUUUGAAAAGUGGACUUUCUUCAUAUUCUUCGAGCUGAAGGAUUGUAUUGGAUUACUUUUUGCUGACACACCUAGGCAGGUCAUAAAUGCCCUAACAUUAUGGUCUGUUGUAAUAACAACAAAUAGAAACAAUUUAGAUCUGGGGGAUCUUGAGACUUUUAGCGAUGUGCUAUCAAGAAUAAGGUAUAUUGCAAAGUACAACCAUGCGGAGGCGGUUUUACUGUCUUUCAUGCUCUUUUCGUUCGCCAUAUGGCUAUUUUUCAUUACAAAACUAACGAUAGCAAUCAUGUGUUCACCAUUUGUAUAUUAUAAGCUAAUAAAAAGAGGGAACUACACCAGUAUUAGAGAGUUCUGUUGUAUUUCGAUCAGCAAUAAUAUUGAUUCUAUCCUCGCAAAGCAAAAAGAAGAGCUCGAUAGAUAUGAUAGUGCUAGCAUUUUAAGAUUAAAUAUCUACGAUGAUGAAUCACGACUCGAGACAGAGACUAUCGAGAUUUCAGAGUUUGAUAAAUACGAUAUCGAAAAAGUUAUAUCCGAUAGUUCAUCCGAAUCAUUACCAAAUGCAAUACCUUUUAAGCUUUAUCACACCAAUGAAAGUGAAACACUUGUAUUGGAUGAACCCAAACAGUUCACUUCCAUUAUUUACGGAUCUAACCCCAAAAUACAUCAAUUUCUUCCGGCGACUACUCAGUUUAAUAGUUCGAGGACCAGACCUAAACCUAAUAUAUCCUUAGACACAAAUGGAAUAGAUCAAAAUCUAUAUAAUGACAAUCAUGUUUUUAUACCAGAUAAGGCAUAUUUUAGAACGAAUGGCAUAUGA